AUGAUGCUAACACCGCCGAACCAGAAGCUUUCACUGGAGUUAGCGCUAGGGCUGAGUUACGAUAAGAUCAAAUCAAAGGAAAACCCAAAUCUAGAAAAUACUCCCAAUUCCACCAGCAGCAGGACUAGCGUUCAAGGAAGUAGUAAUAUCAAAGUCAUAUGUAGGUUUCGGCCAAUAAAUGAAAAAGAGGUGAAAAGUGAUCUUAUCCCUUUGAAUUUGACAAGUCAAUCCAAGGUGAUAGUUGGUUCUGGUCAGGAGUUUCGAUUUGAUCAAGUCUUUGACGGCAAAGCUAGUCAGAAUGAUAUAUACCAAUAUUCUGUAUUGCAAACUGUGGAUGAUUUUUUUAAGGGCUACAAUGGUACUAUCUUGGCAUAUGGUCAGACAGGAUCUGGUAAGUCUUAUACAAUGAUGGGUGAUUCGAUAAGUGACAGCGAUAACAAAGGUAUCAUACCUCGAAUCUCAGAGGAAUUAUUUCAGAAGAUUAUUCAGGGAUCUACAGAUGUUGAAUUUAUGGUAGGAGUAUCUUAUAUGGAGAUUUAUAUGGAGCAAAUAAGAGACCUAUUACAAGCUCGCGAGAAUCAAAAAUUCAGCAUCCAUGAAGACAAAAGUAAUGGGAUAUUUGUUAAAGGACUAUCUCAAGCCUUUGUAUCAUCUUCAAAAGAUCUCUUUCAAGUUCUCAACCAAGGAAUUAAACACAGGACAGGAGGUUCAACGAAUAUGAAUCAAGAGUCAUCUAGGUCUCAUGCAAUUCUUCAAAUUAAAUUAUCUCAAAAAGUGAUUUCUACGGGUGCUAUAAAAAAGAGCAAUUUGUUUUUGGUCGAUUUGGCAGGAUCUGAAAAAUUUGAUAAAACGGGGGCCCAUGGCCAAACCUUUGAAGAGGCUAAAAAGAUUAAUAGUUCUCUUUCAGCACUAGGGAACGUAAUUAAUGCCUUAACAGAUGGGAAAUCAACUCAUAUUCCGUAUAGAGACUCUAAGCUAACAAGAAUACUUCAAGAAUCUUUAGGAGGAAACUCUCGAACGUCUUUGAUAAUUAACUGCUCUCCAUCAUCUAUGAACGAGGCUGAAACUUUAUCAACUUUAAGGUUUGGAUCAAGAGCAAAAAGAAUAAAAAAUAACGCUCAUAUAAAUACUGAACUAAGUAUUGAAGAGUUAAGGACCAAGGUGACUGCUUUGGAGAAGAUCAAGGAACAGCAUGAAAUACAGAUACUGCAUUUAGAAAAGGAAUUGCUACAUUGGAAAAGAGGUCCAGAUUCACAAAAGAGAGUAAUAUCAUCGCCGGUAAGCAAUGUAUUUGAUAACGGAUCAAGAUUACCAAUUUCGGAGGAGAUAAUGUCUGUUUCUAAAAUUCAAAAUGAUGAUAUUGAAAGAAGAGAUCUCAAAAUUGAAGAAUUAGAAAAUAUUAUUCUUGACAUGAGAAUGGAGAAUUUAAAAGCAUCUCAUCAAGAAGAGCUGAAAUUAUUUCAAUUGGAGAACACUUUGCACAGAUUGAGUGAUAAAUUGAGUGAUGUUGAAUUGGUCAACAACAAUUUACGGAGGCAUCUUUUGAUAAGUGAAAAAAUAAUCGAGUCUAGGGAUUUGAAAAUAAGUAAGCUUAGCCUACACUUGAAAGAGCAAAAAAUGUUAAUUCUGAAUGAAAGUAUCAAUUUUGAAAACAAGUUGGAGUAUAUUAGAGGUAAAUUAGAAACAUAUUCGCAAAAUUCAGAGAGUGUGGUGGAAGAAAUUAAGGUCUCACCUAAUUCGUUGAAAAAAAAUAGUGACUUGAGAUCUUCACCACGUUUAAAUCUGGAGUCCCAUAAAAACUCCCCUAAUUACGAUACUUCAUCUGGUUCCCCAAAAAUGGGAUUAAACUUGAGGAUAGUGAAACCUUUGAGAGGUGGAGGAGGGUCACAUAUCCACGAUAUCUUAGACCAAGCGUCCUAA